AUGGCAGCCUUCCCUCAGACGUUCACCUCUACAGUGUCGCACUGGCAAGCCACAAAUCGCGGUCCAGAUGCACUAUAUGGGCACGGUAAGACAGAUUCCCUUCCGACAGGGGUUGUGGACUAUGUGAUCAUUGGCGCUGGACUUUCUGGUGCCAGUCUCGCUUAUCACCUCUCCAGACCUGGUGUAUGUGACGACAAGCGGAUCGUCGUUUUGGAGGGCAAAGAUGUGGCAUCAGGAGCCACUGGACGAAAUGGAGGACACAUUGCCCCUUAUUCCUUCGCUUCUCUUUCCGGUUUUACCCGUCCAUUGGAGGCUGGAGGAAGUGGACUAACGAUGGACGAUGCGCUCGAUAUAAUGAAGAUGGAAGUCAGAAAUCUGGACCUAGUCACGGAGAUUGUCAUGCGCGAGAAAUGGGACGUGGACCUGUGGAGAGGCGAAAAGCUAGAAGUGGUCGAUACCCUUGAAGAGAAGGAGGUGAUGGACACAUCCUAUGAAGUAUGGAUCGAGGCAUUGAAAACACGGCGUGACGUCCCAGAUUGGGACUGGGUGACGGAUGAGGCAGAGGCAAAUCGAGUAUCCCGACAUCCCAAGGCCAUAGCAUUCUCAAGGGGCAAAGCAGGGUCGGUCCAUUCGCACAAGCUCUGUACGGCAUUCAUGAAGAGCGCCUUGGCUUCGGGCCGAGUGGACCUGUUCUCAUGGUGUCCAGUGCAAAGUAUCGACAAAGGACCUAACGAAGGUUGGAACGUCCAAUGUCAUGAACGAGGUGUCGUCCGUGCCAACGAGGUGAUAGUAUGCACCAACGGAUACACUCGUAAUCUAUUCAAGAAUCACCCAAUCUCGGACCACUUAUCACCGUACCGUGGACACGCAACGCAGGUCACUCCGACCCUGCCUUACUCUGGCCCAGGAGCUCUGAAACACACACUAUGUAUCGAGAACGGACCUUAUCUCAUCUUCACUCCCUCAUCAGGAUGGGUCUUUGGUGUCGGAUACGCCGAUAUAAUCCGACAGAAAGCGGGCACCCAUGACGAUGUCAUGGGAGCAACGGAUGAUGGUAUCGUACCGGAGGGGAUCAAGCAGUGGCUCGCAUCGUACUGUAAGGAGGAGUUCGAGGGCUGGGGCGAGGAGGCUCCCGGAGAAGGAGCCCAGCGGUUCUGGAGUGGCAUCCAAUGUGCGUCAAGAGAUAGAUUACCGCUUGUUGGGCAGGUUCCCGGCUCACCGGGCCUCGAAGAGGCAGUGGGCGUAUGGGAGCCAUCAGAUCCGGUCAUGACCUGA